UCGUAUAGUUUCCCAGCAAGUCCCACACUGGGGACUUCAACUCAGAGAGAAGAGGAAGACUACGCUCCUCCUGGAUGAAGGCCACAGCAGAGUCAUCUCUUUUUUUUUAUUUUUUUAUUGACUUUAAGAUAAACUACUAUCUUAGAAAUUAUUUUUAGCCUUAAAGGCGCGGACGGAGGGUUCCCUCCCUCCUUCCUCCUCCUCCUCCUCCUCUUCUUGCUUAAAAAGUGGUGUCGGUGCACACAGGCUGCUGUAGUCGUGGUCGGUGGAUGAGUUGCGCGGAUGUUAUUACGUGGAUUUUCGCUUCAACGUGGACUGCAACAGUGUGCGAGGGAAAGUAGAUUUAAAACCGUAUGGCUUCAACGGGGAUAACGAGCUGGACGUCUGGUGAAGCAGCGUGAUGAAAAUGGAUAGGGCGCACUUGACAAGGCCACUGUUGCGGGGCCGUGUCAAAUGGACACGUACAAUGGUAACAGGAGUCCUUUAUCUGCUGCUGCUCUCCUCCUGCCUUGGACAAGACACGGAAGAUUGGCAAUAUGAGGAAUGUAAACUUUCUCGAUCGGGUCCUCCUGCUACCAUUGUUGCCAUAGAUGAAGAGAGUCCCAACGGGACGCUGUUGGUGGAGAACAUGCAGAUAAACGGCGUGGCCGAGGGUCCGGAUCGCACCAUUUCUCUGUCUCUAAGGGAUAACCAUGACUACUGGGUGAUUCUCGACCCUUCCAAACAAGCCCUCUAUCUCAACAGCACCGGGCGAGUUCUGGAUAGAGAUCCUCCCUCAUAUAUUCAGUCCAUCGUGGUUCAGGUGCAGUGUACCAAUGAGCUAAUAGGCACCGUGAUCCUACACGAGGUCCGCAUCGUUGUCCGAGACCGCAAUGACAACGCGCCGCGUUUCCAGCAGCCGAGAUACUACGUCGCUGUCAGUGAGCUGACGCCAGUGGGAACCACUAUCUUCUCUGGGUUCUGGGGGAACAACGGAGCUGCAGACAUCGAUGACGGUCCAAACGGACAGAUAGAGUAUACGAUCCAGUACAACCCAAAGGACCCGACAGCCAACAGGACCUUUGACAUCCCCCUGACACUGUUUGGCGCCGUGGUUCUCCGAGAAAGACUCAACUAUGAGGAGAUAACGCGGUACCUGGUCAUCAUACAAGCGAACGACCGAGCCCCCAGCCCCAGAGAGCGUCGUACGGCCACCACCACUCUCACUGUGGACGUACUGGAUGGCGAUGACUUGGGUCCCAUGUUUCUACCCUGCACACUGGUGGGAAACACCCGUGACUGCAGUCCCAUCACGUAUAAGGCAAAUGUGCUGGAGCUGACCGAGCCGGAUAAGGUGAAUCCACUGAAUGUGACUCCACCCAUACAAGCUGUGGACCAAGACAGAAACAUUCAGCCUCCCUCUGAGAGACCAGGAAUCUUCUACUCCAUCCUCAUUGGCAAACCUCAGUCGUACGCAGAAUAUUUCAUCCUGAACAGAACCAGCGCAGAGCUCCUGCUGCUGAAGCCCGUCGACAGAGAGCUCCACCGCAGAUUUGACCUGGUUAUCAAGGCUGAACAGAACAAUGGCCACCCACUGCCAGCUUUUGCCAACCUCCAAAUCGAAGUCCUGGAUGAAAACAACCAGGCACCCUACUUCCUGGAAUCAAGUUACCAUGGUUAUGUCAGCGAGGCAUCACCAGUGGGAACCACCAUAGCGACCAAUGUCGACCUGUCGGCACCACUGACCAUCAUAGCUCUGGAUAAUGAUGUGGAGGAGACAAAGGAUCCCCAGCUCCAGUUCUCUUUGGACAGCUACUCUAAUGUUUUCUCUGUGUCUGCUACCGGAAUCAGAAGAUACCUCACCUUGGUGCAGCCACUGGACAGAGAGACCCAAGACUCCUAUACAUUCACGCUUUUAGCAUCAGACGGAGUCCAGCAGAGCUUUCCGGUUACUGUGGCGAUAGCGGUGCUGGAUGCCAACGACAACACGCCGACUUUCGCCAACGUCUCCUAUAACGUCAACCUGUUUACGGAUAUGAUGCCCGGAGAAACUGUGUUGCAGUUGUCGGCAAGAGAUGCUGAUGCGGGUCCCAAUGGUGACGUCACCUACCGCAUCGUAGCUGGUUCCCAGGGACACUUUCUUAUUGGAAACAGCACGGGGCUCAUUAGCGUGGCACCAGGUGUGGAGCUCGCUGUGGGGCGGAGCUACGCCCUGACAGUCGAGGCCAUGGACAAUGGACCUGAACCUCACAGGAGGUCAUCAAUUACCACUGUCUACAUUGACGUUUUGCCCCCAAACAACCAAAGUCCUCCCCGUUUCCCGCAGCAACAGUACAGCCUGGAGGUCAGCGAGGCCAUGAGGACUGGAGCUACACUGCUCAACCUGCAGGCAGUGGAUCGUGAGAGGGACGCUAUCACCUACAGAAUCUAUAGUGGAGACCCACAUGGACAGUUUGCCCUACAGGAAAAUUCAGGGUAUUUGGUUCUGGACAAGCCUCUGGACAGAGAGUUUCUGGAUUAUUAUACCCUGGUGGUCACAGCCUCAGAUGGACGCCCAGAUGGGACCUCCAGUGCGUCGGUGAACAUCGUCGUGACGGAUGUUAAUGACAACGACCCGCUCUUCGUUACUUCGCUGCCAGUGAACCUCACUGUCACUGAGGAGCAGGAUGAUGCCUACGUUGGACAAAUCAAGGCUACAGACCCAGAUCUAGGGGAAAGUGGGCGUGUCCAUUAUCGGCUUGUCAACCACCAGAAGCUGUUUUCCAUCAAUGGCACUGGAGCGAUCAGAACCACCGUCCCACUGGACAGAGAGGUGAAAGGUCACUACUUCCUGGUCGUUGAGGCGUGGGACGGUGCCGUGGACCCGCGGCGGUCCAGGUUGACUCUGUCCGUCACCGUUCUGGAUGUGGACGACAACAGCCCGACGUUCACCCAGCGAAGCUACGACGUCAACCUCCCAGAGAACAGCCCCAAAGAUUCAGUCAUUUUACAGUUACAGGCGAUAGAUGAUGACCUCGACUCCAACCUCACAUAUCGAAUCAGGAGUGAAGAUUUGGACCCAGAGAUCGCUCAGCUUUUCCACAUCGACCCAGUAACAGGAGAGCUUUCGGUGCUAAAGGUCCUGGACUACGAGGCACUGACUGACACAGAGGCCACGUACAUGUUCACAGUGGAGGCCUAUGAUAGUGAGGGGACCAUGCCUCCUGGAUUAGCAUCUGUUACGGUCAGAAUACUGGACAUGAACGACUUCUCCCCAGUAUUCAGCCGCUCAGCGUACCGAGGAAUGGUUGCCCCAAAUGCCGUCAAGGGAACCAUCGUAACCACAGUGACGGCCAACGACUCUGACCCUGCGGGGACACCAGCAGGUCUUGUGCGCUACAGAGUGGACCAGGAAGCGUAUCCAUACUCUGCCAGCAUAUUUGAUGUGGAGGAACAGACGGGACAUGUGGUUACCAAAGUGAACCUUAACGAGGAGCCCAACCUUAAGUUUGGUCUGGUGGUGGUGGCCUACGACGACGGCGAGCCUGUGAAGGAGAACACGACUCUCGUCGAGAUCACGGUCCUUCAGCCCUCCAUCAUUCCUAUAUUUACCCAAGAGGAAUACAGGUUCCUACCAGUGAGCGAGGCAGCUGACGUUGGAACCCAAGUGGGAGUCAUCGUGGCUGCUGCUGUCAAUCAGACUAUCGUGUACUCCAUCACUGAAGGCAACGAGGGAGGAGUGUUCACACUAAAUGAAACAACAGGGGAGAUUUUCACAGCCAAGCCUCUGGACUACGAGACCGACUCCAGCUACGUCCUCAAGGUAGAGGCGGACUCGAUGAGAGUGGUGUCGUCGAACCUCCGAGCUCCGUCGAAGACUAAUACAGCGAAGGUGGUGAUUGAGAUCCAGGACGAGAACGACCACCCACCGGUUUUCACCAGACCUCUUUACAUUGGGGGAGUUGCAGAAGAUGCCAAAACCUUCACUUCAGUCCUUCAAGUACAGGCUCUGGACAAAGACACCGGCAACUACAGUUCAAUGGUCUACCGGCUCAUCAUCGCCCCUCAGGCUGGUAAAGACACGAAAAGCAGCAAAGACGGCUUCGUCAUUGAACCGUACAGCGGUGUCGUGAAGACGGCAAUCAUGUACCGCAACAUGCGGAGGUCGUAUUUCAAGUUCGAGGUGGUCGCUACGGACAACUACGGUCAAGGACACAGCAGUAAAGCAGAGAUAGUGGUGUCUGUUGUGAACCAGCUGGAUAUGCAAGUGGUCGUAUCAAAUGUCCCGCCAACUUAUGUGGAGAAAAACAAAGAAAAGCUCCUCAGCAUUUUGGAGCGUUACGUUCAGGAGCAGAUACCAGGAGCAGAGGUUGUCGUGGAAACCAUCGGCCCCCAUCGCCAUGGUGACGGAACGGAGCAGGACGACUACACCAAGUCAGACGUCAUGAUUUAUGCUAUUGACCCCCUGACAAAUCGAGCUGUAGCCAGACAGGAGCUCUACAAGUUUCUCGAUGGUAAACUCCUGGACAUCAACAAGGAGUUCCAGCCAUUCCUUCCUCCCGGGGGACGGAUCCUGGAGAUCCGAACUCCGGAAGUGGUGACGAGCGUGAAGAAAGCGGUGCAGGCUGUAGGCUACACGGAGGGGGCGCUGUUGGCUCUGGCCGUCAUCAUCAUUGUCUUCUGCGUCCCUGCAAUACUGAUCGUUAUCAUCACCUACAAACAAUUCAAAGAACGCCAGGCAGAAUGUGCCAAAACAGCCCGCAUCCAGAUGGCACUGCCGACAGGCAAACCUGGGGGAGGCGCAGCCAACAACCUGUACGAAGAGCUGGGUGACAACGCCAUGCGAGGCUUUGGACAACAGGAGACUCAACAACUUCUGCGACCUUCUCUGCUCAGACCUGAGGAGCUGUCGAUGGAGUCUGGCAUUGACCCUGGUCAGGACUACUACACUCAGGAUUAUUACAACUAUGAUCACGGGUACGACCUGCCUCAGUACGGCAGUCGCAGGAAGCUGAUCUCACCCUCCGGCCUCUACGAUGAAUAUGGAGAAGUUGUUGUCGAUGAUGACGGCAGCUACUACUACAGCCCGCAGGAGUCUGACGCAGAGCAUGGCUGUAGAAAGCAUCGCAUCAAGCUGGUGGUGGACCGAGAGUACGAGACCAGCUCCACCGGUGAGGACAGCAUGCCGGACACCCAGCGCAGCCGCUUGUCCACCAACCUCAACAGCCACGCUAACGUUAACGGCAGCAUCUACAUGGCCCAGAACGGCUCCAUCAUCCGCACGCGGCGCUCGGUCAACGCCGCAGGCCCCGCCGCGCACGCACACGCCACCACAAACAACAACCUGAAACUCACCUCGCCCAUCUUCAGCUCCCGGCUGGCCAAGCACUUUAAAAAACUGGACAAAAUGGCUGCCACGUUGGAGGAGAGAGUCCCGCUGAGCAUUCCCAGACUAGCGGCAGACGGCGGGGGCAGCACGCUGCGCACCUUCCAAACCCCGGGGGUGGCUGCGUCUGCGACGGCCACUUCCUCUCUGUCGCACGCUGACAUCAAUAAAACGAUGAAUGUGUUUAACACGCGACAAUCCAGCGUUUCUUUGGGGUCGAGCAGCCCCAGCAACACGGGCCCCGAAAGCGUCGCGUCUGCAUCGAACGCGGUGAAAGCGGCGCGGGGCGGCACAGAGCAGCAGCCACAGAGCGCGGCGGGGAGGGACGAGCCGAGAGACGGCGAGCGGGAGUCAAAGGUGGACGGCGGCGAUGAAGACGACCGCGUCGCCGGUCUCGUGAUGAGAGAGCCACUCGAGUGCCCGAGUGAUAGAACACAGUCGGACGAGGAGGAAUUAUGGAUGGGCCCGUGGAACAGUCUUCAUAUACCCAUGACCAAACUCUGACUGACACUGACGCCACUGUGCUCGCUCCUUUAUUGCCAAGAUCAUUGAAACCUUCAGAUGUGACUGCAGGUCAUGAGUUGUGCAGCUCAUCGGGACGCACCAGUUACAAGGAAUGUGAGUGAGAAUGGUGAGUUCUUUUGGUCACACACUGGUCAAAAGAGGUGCUACCUAUUCUUAUUAAAGCUGCAGUAGGCUGGAUUUACAGUAAAACGGUUGAUUUUUUGACUCUCAUCCACAGCUUGAUGAAAAUAUCUUUUUGUUUGAUGAGCACAAACAGAUAAUAAGCAAGAUGACCCAAGGCAAUCUCUCCAUCUCGACUCGUUUUUUUUUUAGGUUUCUUAGCAGCAUAGGCAGUUGCGGCCCGUGCUGGAGUGACAAUCAUUCCACCGAGGGGACCUGUAUACAGACUCAUUAUGGGUCACUCACAUGCAGCAUUAGAAAGACCUGAUGGGUAUUUAACCAAGGCAGAUGUGAGGUUACUCGGAAACAGAAACCUGGGAGACUUCAUUUCAUUAAUGAAUUGCUCACAUUGUAUUGAAUUCUCUGCUGCUGGGAGUCUCCCACAACAAUAACAAAUUACAGAGUUUGAUCACAUCGGAAAGCAGCGUGGGAUCGUGUGAAUUGGUGUCUUGUUUCAUUCUCCACAAACUCCCAAUGUGUAUGAAAAGAUGCACUGAAAGAGCUUCCUGCUGUGAGAUACUGUCAGUAUCUGCCCAGAAAACCAGAAGCACCAGUGUGUCUGUGGUGAAAAUAGUGUAGAAGAUGCUGCAUGUGAAACAGGAGCGUCUGAGUCUCCAGCUGCGAGGCUGUUCACAGAGUCCAGAGGAGGUGAAGUAUAAUUUUCUCUUUUUGCGAUCAGAAAAAUCCCGCCUACUGUAUCUUUAAAGCUCAUUUAAAUGCACCGUUUUUUGCUGCAGUUCACUGAUGAAAAACGUCGAAAUGUUUUGUGACUUUUCCCAAUCAGAGCAUCCCUUUAGCCCAACUGACCCGAGAGCUGCAAACACCUUCAGAGUAAAAAAUAACCAGGAACGGGAGGACGCGCUAUAUUUGUACUUUGCUAAGAGAUAAAUGAGAAGGUGACCUUGUGAAGAUGUUACGGCCCUUUAAGCGACUGGCGUGUCUGUGUGGAACUGGACUCGUUUCAUUACAGUAUUACAGCUUGCCUGACACUUUUCAUUGACACAUGAUGUCUUGUAUUGUUCAAACUUUUGCCUUUUUAUUCUUGUCAAGUUGCUUGGCAAAUUGAAUCAAAAUAAAGAAAAAAUAAA